AUGGAGGAACUUAGAGAGAAAAUCAUCGCCCAAGCCAAGAAGUACUUCGGCGUGCCUUAUGCUAGAAAGUACUGGCCUCCACACAGCCCAGAGUACGCUUCGCCCAUCUUCUUGGACUGCUGUGGUUUGGUCCGUCAAGUCAUGCGCGACCUGCAAACGGAGAUGGGCUUCCAAUUGGGCCCAUGGAACCAGGCUUAUAUGUACGACACCCUCCCUGACACAGUCGCCAAGGACCAGAUGAAGCCUGGCGACCUGGUGUUUAUGUCCGGAGUCUACGUGAACCCUAAGAGAACGUACAAGAGGCAGCUGCACAACAUGGUGCAUGUGGAGAUCUGGCUGGGGGAAGGAGACAAGACCAUCGGCUCGCGAUGGAACAAUGGCAAGGUGCAGGUCUUUGACUCCUACCAGUUCUCCCCGAAGAGCUUCACCAGCGAGCAGUACAUUUUCAAGUCUAUAGAUACCUGGCUGAUGGGCAUCUGCCGUAGCCACUGUCCACAACACCCAUGGCGGUUGAAGACCCGCAAGCCCCACCGCAAGUCUGUUUUCAAUGUGGAAGAUACCAUAUGUGAUGAAAAAGCCAGCGAUGAAAGUGACGACAGCUGGCAAGUGGAGGGUGUUCGCUUAGAAGACGAUGAUAAUCUAGAUAUAAGCAAUAGUAUGCCUUUAUCAGAAAACGUCAUCGAAGACAGGGAGCACAAUAGCAUCGGCGGUAACCAGGUAUUGCGAAGCAAGGGUUUAGCGGAGACAGGUAACAGUGAGAUAGAUAUAUACAUGAUCAGAACCCAAAAUACAUUCAUCAACACUAAACUAUGUGUGUUUGACCACAGUUUUAGAGAAACACCAAUCCAAAAUAGCAAAGUCCAGUCUUACGGCAGGAACCACGCUCAGUCAAGUAACACAGCUGAAUGCUUUAGGGAUCAACCUAUCAGUAAAACAAAGCAGAGCCAAGAGUUCCUGGUGUAUAUCAGGAGAAUCACCCGAAGAAAUCAGAGUAUAGAAUCAGUAAUGAUGAAUAUUUUCAGAGUAGAUGUUUUUUACAACUUUGUCAUGGAUGUAGUUCAAAAAUUGCUCAUAAACGAACAAAUACUAAACAUCCAGAGGGACGGGGGUUCUGGUGACACGUAUAAAGACACUGGAGAAGGUAGAGAAGGCAUCUAUAGAAGGGACCGUCGACCAGCUAAGCUAACGCCGUGCUGUCUGCCCACCAACAUGCAGCCGACUUUCUUCAUUGGAGGCGGAAAUGGGAUCUCCUUAGUUGAAGGUCCUUUGCUAGCUUUGGGCUGGAGACGGACUGCUGACAGAUACGAUGAGAGGUUCAAGCUCAAGUGGGUGGAGAAUAAGAGCAGGAUAAACUACUUGACUUUUAGAGAAGGAGAACAGCUGGUGAACCAUAUUCCAAAUUGUAAACUUCUGACCAACAAGCUGGGCCUAUUGUGCAGUCUCCAGGAAUAUGAGCGAAUUACUUUGCUUACCAAAGGGAGGCUACCGAGAUUGAGAAUGGCUGACUUCGUUCCAGAAACUUACAAAUUGGAUGACAAAGUGGAUAGGGAGAAAUUUAUACAGGAAUAUAAAGAUGGAGAAACCUGGAUCUGUAAACCUACCGGCAUGAAUCAAGGGAAGGGUAUUUUUUUGUUGAGGUCUAAAGAAAAGGUUGACCAGCUGCUGGGGGAUAGGGACGCCAAACUGAACCCAAAGUUGAACAACAGAGGACCCUUGUUGAGGAUUGUACAACGAUACAUCUGCCAUCCACUUUUACUUGAGGGGCGAAAGUUUGAUAUACGAUCCUAUAUGUUUAUUGCCAGCACAGUUCCCUUUCUGGUACUCUACCAUAAAGGCUACGUGAGGUUGUCAUGCCACAAGUACAGCCCCGAGGAUAAUAACCUCACCAUUCAUCUCACCAACCAGUUUGUUCAGAAAAAAGAUCCAGCGUACAAAGACUUAAAAGAAGACACCGCAUGGACCAUGGACAAGCUGAAUGAUUAUAUCAAUGAACAUGUUGCCAAAGAGAAAGGUCUUGAACAAGACUGGGUCUAUGGAAAACUAACAAAACAAAUGCAGCGAAUUACACUGCACUGCUUCAACAGUGUCAAACACAAACUGCAAUGUAGAAUGGGCUACUUUGAUUUGUAUGGACUGGAUUUCAUGGUAGAUUCCGAUAUGAAGGUUUGGCUUAUCGAGAUCAAUGCCAACCCGGCUCUGCACACAAACUGCCAGGCACUGAAAGAUGCAAUUCCUUCUGUUGUAGAGGAAGCUAUUUAUCUGGCUUUAGAAUGCUUUGAGAAGAGCUGUAAAGGCCAACCAUUAAUGCCAUUAAAUUCCCUGGCCAGCUACUCGGUCCUCUACUGUGGUUCCAGUCCAAACACCGCUGCCCAUCGAGAGAUCAGAAGUGUGUCACCUUUCAAGGACAUCACAAUCUGGAACAGAUCCUCAGGUCGACACUACAUGUGGUUAAUGUCUAUAUACACAAAAGUUUUUAUAACAAUCGUGUGGCUUUUAUUAAUGCUAAGAUUUUUUUUAGUUAUCUUGCAAAAAUCAAGAAAUGUAAUUCACUUUAAUUAUGAGUCUACUGUUAACUUGCAUUCUGUGGGAACCAACCAAGGUGCAUUUCUGGAUGGCACACUAGCAUGCUUGCCUUCAGGCGCUGUGCUCAUUUGUUUGACUCCUGUAUGGGAUGGGAUUUGUUAUAAAAUUGUCCUGGGUUCCCAGAUCAGCCUAGACUAA